AUGUUCAGAAAGCUGAAAGAUGCCAUAAACAAUGUGAAUACACAAAAGCUAAAAAGAGAUGCUGAGGUCUUUAAAAAACGAUUUCAAUACAAAAUGAACCAAAUAAAUUUAAAUUUAAUAAACUUAUAAGAGGAGUCCUCUGCUGCCAUAUUUCAGGCAUUAAUCGCCCUAUUAUCGCUGCAUGGCUUGGUUGCCAGUCUGAGCACGACACUCAUUGUGUUGAACCUCACGGACAAGAGCUUGCACUCGCUAUCUGCUGGUCAGAAACACAGAAAAUUAGAAAAAUAAAAUUUUCUGUCUCCUGUCGGUCAAAAUUGAAAACCCAAACGCAACAUCUGGCAUUACGCUGCUGGGCUUACCUUUCAAAUCUGAGCUCCAUCUCCCCAUGAAGUAAAUCUUAACCUGGAGUGAGCUGCUGUUGGCCUAAUUCAACAUUGCGCUCUACCAAAUCGAGUAAAACCUAGCCGGAUACAUAUUGCCGAAUGCCACAGUCAUUCCACAAUGUCUCCUGCUUACGCCGUACAGUUUUUAAGAGGGGGUUGGCUCUCACCUCCAUUUUAAUGUAUAUGAACCAAAACAAACAGGAGCUCAAAAAGACUUGAAACAUAGACCAAUUUUAUAAAAAUUACGGACAAUAUAUCCCAAAUAAAUCAAGCUAUUCUAGAUUAAAUGAAUCAUUAAAAGGAUUUGAGGUCUGGUACACCAAAAAGCGGGACAAAGUUGUCAACUCUUUUGACAAUUCAACGAAAAAUACUGCAAAAUCAGCCAAAAACUUCGGGAUAAACUUUAUCAAGACAGCACCCAUCGUAAUUGCUAAGGCAUCAAAAACAUUUUUCUAUGACACAAAAGACUAUGUAAAAUCGUCUUACUCAGAAGGAAGAGCCCAUAUAAAAGAUUAUUUCAGAAAAAAUCAAAAAUAUUUCAGCGCAAUGAGAGAAAAAUAUUUUGGGUUUUUUAAAAGAUCAAAGAGAAGUGUGCUUUUGCUGUUUGGAGCCACAGUAUUUUUGUAUGCUCUUGGGUCAAAUAUCCCAGGGGCUUAUGCAAGCUAUCAGAUUAAAAAGAAACAGAUUGAGCUUCAACAAGAACAAUUAAAUAAAAAUUCAAAUAAUUAUUAUAAUAUUCAGAAAAAUGCCAUUUUGAAGUAUUGGAAGCUAAAAAAUAUUUUUUAUCUUAAAAUUUAGCACUGCUCCGAAUUGCCCUAAUAAAGAUUUUGACUUAAAAGGUAUAA